UCCCGUUCGCUCUCUGAGUCAUUCAGCGACUCUCGACGAAACUGUGCCAAUGGAAAGCGACCGGAGAGCGUGACGUUAAAACAAAACAAAACUAAACUAACAGACCGAGGGUCCAACUUUAGCUGAAGAGAGUCCGAUCGGGGUGCCUGUCCCGCUGCCGUCCAUAGUCGGCGAGGCCAAUGGAGAGAAUGCGGCGGGCGCACGGCACGAUGUUUCGCCUUUUCCUGCUUAUCACACCUUUUCUAGGUACGUCCUUUGGGAUAUCGGUGACAUGUCCCACCAAGAACUACGUGGCCAUCUUGUUCCAGCCUGUGGUGCUGAAAUGCAACUACCAGACGACGUCCAGCAUUCCGCCCACGGUCACCUGGCGCUACAAGUCCUUCUGCGAAAACCCUGUGACGGCCGCCUUGAGCCCCAACAGUGCCAGUAACCAGAUUGCCCAGGUCAACCCCAACUACAACCCGGUGAUCGACUGCCCGGACAGCAGCAGGACCAUCCGUAUUGUGGCGUCCAAGCAGGGCUCCUCUGUCACCCUCGGGAACUUCUACCAGGGCCGGCAGAUCACCAUCGUCAAUGAUGCCGACCUGAGUAUGGACCGCACCGCCUGGGGCGAAGGAGGAGUCUACCACUGCUCGGUGAUCUCGUCUCAGGACCUGACGGGCACCAGCGAGGACUACGUGCAGCUGAUCGUGCUCGGGAAGACGUCAAACUCCACAGACCUGUUGCCAGGCAUUGAUAUAGCGGGCAUAGCAGACUGGCUGCUGGUGGUCCUCAUCAUAAUGGGAGUUCUCCUGUUCAUGCUGCUCAUUGGCAUCUGCUGGUGCCAGUGCUGCCCACACACCUGCUGCUGCUAUGUCCGCUGUCCUUGCUGCCCAGAGAAGUGCUGCUGCCCUCGCGCCCUGUAUGAAGCUGGUAAGGCUGCCACGUCAGGGGUGCCCUCUGUUUAUGCCCCCAGCAUGUAUGCCCCCAGUGUGUACUCUCACCCAAGUCAAGUGAAGCUGAUGCCUCAAGGAGCCAGCAUUCCUAUGAUGCCCAUCGCCCCAGGCUACAACGGAUACAUGCCAGAAUAUGACGGUGCCAGCUCAGGUAUGUUCUUUCCGUGAUGUUUUUUGAUUUCA